AUGGAGCAAGAAGAACCAAUACAUCAAGGAAUUUUGUUGAUACCACCUGUUGGAAAAUUACUCAAAAAAUCCUGGCAACAAAAGUACUGCUUGCUUUUCAAAGCCAGCAAAUUCGGAGUGGAAAGGUUAGAGGUUUAUGAUACAGUAGACUCCAAAGAAUGCAAAAUAAUCACCUUGGAGGAUUGCAUAAAAGUUCAAUCCAAAACAACGACCAUUUUGGGCAUAACAACAAGAAUAUCUAGCUAUGAGUUUGGUGCUCUGCAUGAGCAGUCUAUGAACCAGUGGCUGAGUGCCAUUCAGUCAGUAGCAUUUCCUGAUGAAAUUUCAAAGAUUGGGAGUAUUGAAGAGGACAAUGACUUGUACUGUUCAUCUGGUGAAGGUGUUUUCAAUGUUAAACUCCAUCCAUCUCCUGUGUCACAAAGAUGCUGCUUGGAGAGUAAAAAUUAUACCUUAGUUCUAACCUCAGCUGCCUUACAGCUGAAGAACAUUGUGGAUGGUAAAUUAUUGUUCACAUGGCCAUAUUGUUUCAUCAGGCGAUAUGGGUAUAAGUCUGGGAAAUUCACAUUUGAAGCUGGUAGGAAGUGUGAAUCUGGUGAAGGGACAUUCUUCCUUGAGCAUCCAAAUCAACAAGAAAUAUUCAGGUGUCUCGCCACCAAGAUGAAGUCCAUGAGGAAACUCCUCUCGGGCGAAUCGUCCCCACCGAUCCUCGACUGCGGAGACGCGCAACUCCACGCCGCCCUAUCCAUGGAGGCAAGAUCCCGAACCCCUCUCCCGCCCUCCCCCACCGUCCCAUCUGCCUCCAUAACCGACUCCCCAAUCUCCACCAUCUCCACCAAAUCCCAACUCGGCCUCAACAAGCCGAAACCCGAAGCGAAACCAGCGCUGAAAUUGAAACCGGCCAAACCGCCCAGGAAGUUCGUCACGGCCCCCAAACUGAGCCCCGAGCCUGAAGAUUUCGCCUAUGAGCCUGUCACCAGGAAAUACGACGAGGUGGAGAUCCGGAAUAACGCCUGGCAGACGUUGGGCAUCGAGUCUCCCAACCAUAUGGAGCAGAUCACAGAGGACGAGGAGCAGAAUUACAUGUCUUGGGGGGAGGUUAGGAGGGGUAUCGAGGCGGUCAAACAGCCUCUGGCGCCCUCUAUUAUACCGCAGAACGUGCCGACGGAGAAUGACAGCGCGCAGUAUGACAAGCUCAACUUUUUCGGAUCGUCCAGUAAGCUGAAUUUCAACUCGCCUUACAAACAGGUGUUUCCCAUUCCUGUGAACCCUGUGGAGCCGCCUUCUUACAAUGAAUAUGAUGAGGUACAGUGUCUCCAGAAUGAAAUUAGUGUUGAAGAUAAGAGAAAAGCGGAUGUGGCCCAUCACUUCCAUAAUGAGGAACCCUAUGCUGUUAUCAGUAAGCCAAAAAGAGUCUAG